UGGAUUAUUUCUGGCAAUGCCUUAACUUUUAGUUAAUAUCUAUUGGUUAUUUAAUAAAUGAAAAUACAAUUCAAUAAAAAUAAGUGAAUAAAUAAUAAAUAAUCAAUAAAUAUGAAGCAUGCAAGAUUUAUUGCAAGAACAGUACUUGUUCAAAACAAUAAUGUUGAAGAAGCAUGUCGCUUAUUAAAUAGAAUUCUAGGAAAAGAGGAAAUAUUUGAUCAAUUUCGGCGCACAAGGUAUUAUGAAAAACCCUUUCAGGUACGUCGACGUAUAAAUUUUGAAAAAUGCAAAGCUAUUUACAAUGAGGACAUGAAUCGAAAAAUUGCAUUUGUAUUAAGGAAAAACAGAGUUGAGCCGUUUCCCGGUUGUAGCUGAAUUAUAUAUCAAAAAAUUAUUUGUAACUUAAUAAACUAAAUUAAUAUAUUCCUUUUUAAUGUUGUCUGUUUUAUUUUUACAUUCAUUGUUAUAUACAUACAUAUAUAUGGUUUUGUAUGUUAUUUUUUUAUCGUAUUUGAUGGGAGAAGUAAACGUUAUUUUUACAUUUUGAGAAAAUGUUUAAAUAACAAAUAAAUAGCCCGAAAUCAACUGCACACUAAUAUUUGUAAUAAUAUUUUAUCAAAAUAUUUUAUUUUAAAGUAUUUAUACCUAAUUUUUGAAUGUGUCAGAAGGAACAGCUGAUUUCGAUUCAACAAACAACAUUUAAUAAUAAGAACUGUCGCCGCUUAUAUAUCAACAACACUAAAGUUAAAAUAAAUGUUUUGAGUAUUAUUUUACAAACAUCCGUUGAAAAUUAAAUAAAAUGAAUACUGAUAAUUGCAUUGAUAUUGAUCAAAAUAUAGCAAACAAACUUUUCGAAGUUGGCGCUUUCCUAAUCAUUGCAGGAGUUCCAGUUGGUACUGAAUUCGGCGUCGACUUAUGUUCCUACACAAUCGGUGAAAACUUCCGAGGAAUAAAACUAAUACCUCCAGGACCACAUUACGUCUGGUGCUCAUCACAGGGACAAUUCGGUGAUGCUGCCCCACGUGUUGGAUUUAUACAUUAUUUUAAAAGUAAAGAAAUACUUGUGCGUGAAUGGAACAGACAGGAGGAAGAAUUACAAGAACGCCAAAUUGAAGACCCAAAUACCGAAAAAGCACAUAUCCGUGAGAAUAUAAAGUCUUUGGACCGUUUUUUGGCACCAUAUGAUUAUCGUUUCUUAAAUAAAUGGAAAAGCUUAACAAAUCUUGUAAACGAAGGUACACUUUCACGUUGCACUCCUGCAUCAGGCAUUAUUCGCACAAAUGUAAGUCUUUCAUCUUGUCCUGACGCUGAGAGGCCACGUGGCCCUAUUAAAAGUAUUAAGAUGUUAAAUGUAAAGACAAUUUUAAAUGAAAAUGAUUUAUUGCCUAAUUUAAAGCCUCUUAGUGGCUCUAUGCCAAUCUUUAUACAUUUACCCAAUCGCGUACCUCAAAACGCUACUCCGGAAGAAGUCACCCGUCAUAGUAUAGAUUGUAUUGCAGCAAUUGAUGAUUUGUUUAAUAGUAUUUCAAGCUUUCACAUUUUAUUGGAAGAAAUUCAGCUGUGCUUUGUUUUCUAUUUGAUUGGUCAUUCUAUUGAGUCAUUGGACCACUGGCGACGCGUCAUACACUUGUUCUCUUACUCCGAAACUGCAACUACUAAAUAUAAAUUAUUUUACAAGCAAUAUAGUGAGCUUCUUGCCCUAGAAAUACCGUAUUUACCGGAGGAGUUGAUGGAACCUACUAACCGCAACACCAUUUAUAAAGACAUAAGAGUCUUGCUUAAACAUUUACAUAGUGCAAAUUUAAGUCUUAGUGCAGAACAUUUAUCAACGAAAUUGUAUAAAGAAUUGAAAUGGGAUUUCCGAGACUUACUGAUUGAUGAUCCAGAAGAUUUACCUGUUGUCGUCGAAUUGGAUUAGGCAGAUAAUAUUUA